UAAUAGAAAAGAGUGUAAACUGUUGAUAUAGUACCAUCUGCCUCGGAUGAAGAACAACAAUCCCCAUUGAAGUUGCUUUAUAUAUAUAUAUCUCCAUUUUCCAAGCUGCUUAUCCUCACAAGGGAUGGGGGAGUGCUGGAGCCUAUCCCAGCUAUCAUUGGGCAGGUGCCAGGGUACACCCUGAACUGAUUGGCAAACAAUCACAGGGCACAUAGACAAACAACAGCCGCACUCACAAUCACACUCAGGGGCAAUUUAGAGUGUCCAACUAAUGUUGUGUGUUUUGGGGAUGUGGGAUUAAGCCGUAGUACCCGGAGAAAUCCACGCAGCCUUGGAGACAACAUGAAAACUCCACACAGGCGGGGAGGGGAUUGAACCCUGGUCCUCAGAACUGUGACGCUUUCUUUAUUUUUUAUGUAAUAUAUGCAUGUGAACUAAAGUCCUGAGUGGCUUGUAGUAGUGCGGCUCUGGGAGGUGGGGGGAAGAAAAGUAUCAAACGUGAUCCGGGCAUGAUUCGGGCCAAGUGGAGCUAAUGUGGGCUGGCUUCGGAGGAGGGACGUCGUUGCAAUUGCGAUACGCUCUGAGCACAUUGGCAGACUUGUAGGAAACACGCGGCUCUUGAGUCACGCCAACCCAUACUCAGCGGCAGCCUCGUGGUUGAGUCCCCGACGUCAGGCAGAGGAAGAAAAGUGUAGCCUCGUGCCUCCGUAGAGUAAAGGAACAGAGAGGAACAUGUCGGGGGUCAAAAAGAGAAACUCGAAUUCGUCGUUCGGCAAGGACGAGGACCCCCAAAGUACGGAAAGGAUGCUGGGGAGCGACACGCCGGGAGAGCAAGGCGAAGGAACCGUCGCCCUCCAGAAAACCAUCACACUGGUUAAUGGCGUUGCCAUCAUCGUGGGCACCAUCAUUGGCUCGGGCAUCUUCGUAGCGCCAACCGGCGUGGCGAAAGAGUGCGGCUCCGUGGGUUUGUCCCUGGUGGUGUGGGCUGUGUGCGGGGUCUUCUCCAUGGUGGGCGCGCUGUGUUACGCGGAACUGGGCACCACUAUCACCAAGUCCGGAGGGGACUAUGCUUACAUCCUUGAAGUGUACGGCUCCCUUCCGGCUUUCCUCAAACUCUGGAUCGAGCUGCUCAUCAUCCGACCCUCGUCCCAGUACAUCGUUGCCUACGUUUUCGCCACAUACCUCCUCAAGCCCAUUUUCCCCGCUUGCCCGGUGCCGGAGAACGGGGCCAAGCUAGUAGCCUGCCUUUGCAUCCUCUUGUUGACCUUUGUGAACUGCUACAGCGUGAAGGCAGCUACCAGAGUUCAGGACUUCUUCGCUGCUGCAAAGCUGCUGGCUCUUGGUCUGAUCAUCAUCGUCGGAUUUGUCAAGAUUGGCCAAGGUGGGGUCGAUGCACUUCUCCCAGAAAAUUCCUUCGAGGGCUCGCAGUAUGAGUUUGGCAACAUCGGCCUGGCGCUCUACAGUGGCCUGUUUGCCUAUGGUGGCUGGAAUUACUUGAAUUUUGUUACUGAGGAAAUGAUCGAGCCUAACAAAAACCUGCCACGAGCCAUCAUCAUCUCUAUGCCAAUCGUGACAGCAGUGUAUGUUCUCACUAACCUGGCGUACUUUACCACCCUCUCAACCGACGAUAUGCUCAACUCUGAGGCUGUGGCUGUGGAUUUUGGCAAUCAGCACCUGGGUGUUAUGGCUUGGAUCAUCCCGGUUUUUGUGGGGUUGUCCUGCUUUGGAUCUGUCAAUGGUUCUCUCUUCACAUCAUCAAGGUUAUUCUUUGUGGGUUCCCGGGAAGGUCACCUGCCCUGUCUCCUGUCAAUGAUCCACCCGAGCCUGCUAACGCCACUUCCGUCGCUAAUAUUCACUUGUGUAAUGACACUGUUUUACGCCUUCUCCAAUGACAUCUUCUCCGUCAUCAACUUCUUCAGUUUCUUCAACUGGCUCUGCAUCGCCAUGGCAAUUGUUGGAAUGAUGUGGCUCCGUUAUAAGAAGCCUGAGCUAGAAAGACCAAUUAAGGUAAAUAUCCUUCUACCAGUGACGUUUGUGCUCGCCUGCCUCUUCCUUAUCAUCGUAUCCUUCUGGAAGACUCCAGAGGAGUGUGCAAUUGGUUUUGGCAUCAUUGCCACUGGACUACCCGUCUACUUUUUUGGUGUGACGUGGAAGAACAAACCCAAGUGGCUGCUGAAUGGAAUCUUCUCAACUACAGCCUUUUGCCAGAAAGUAAUGCAGGUGGUACCUUAGGACUGAAAAUCUUUGCAGGGUGAUGCCAAGAAGUGAUGUAGACCACAUCACACAGGAGUCUGAAGUGCUUUUGUCCGCUGCUGUGUUGACUUCCAGUAGUCACUAACUAUCUGCACUUAGGAUUGUUUAUUUUAUUUUAUUUUAUUUUAUUUUUAUGUCAGCUCAUGAGAAGAUUUUGUUUACGACUGUGGGGCAAGUGGAAAAUAUUGACAGGUUGAUGGACUAUCAAAACAUCUGAAACCAAAUUGAAUUUCUUGUUGGUCUUCUGUUUAAUAAUGUUUGUUUAUCCAGCUCUGGGUAGUGAGUAAACCUUUCAGCUGCUUGGUUGUGUCCCUGCUUAAUUAUAUAUACCCUGAGGUCUGUUAAAGGGGUAAAUGUUGUGAUGUUGGACUGUACUCCUUUGCACUCAUUUAAGCAAUGUGACCAAUCAACAUGCCUUACUAAUGUACUGCUAGGAGAUAUGUUCAUAAUAGUUUUGCUCAAAAACAUUGGCACCUUUUAUGUAAAAAAAAUAAAUAAAUAAUAAAAUAAGGACUUCUGUAUUCUGCCAUUUAGAAAAUCCAAAUAACUUGGGUAAUCAGAAGUUAACAGCAUUAUCUAGAUUUUCUUUCACACAUGUUUUUUUUUUAGCUGUUAUGGCUAGAAACAUUGGCAGCCCUUUUUUGAGGAUGUAUAUUUGUUCAGAAUCAGUAACCCAUGUUCAACCCAUAUUUUCUGGUGUGUGUGUGAGAUUCCGAUGCUUCUCUUGGUUGUAAAUUGUUUUAUUUUUCUGUUUGGGUGAUUGUUUGGUACACAUGAUCGACUUUUAGUUUGUCUUUUUAACUUUUUUUUGUUUCAACAAAAAAUGUUAGUUUCAUUCCUAUGGUCAACCCCCUUUUCACCUCUUUGGGAACCAACAAAAUAACAAAAUGAUGGUUUACAUUGGUCCUUUUAAUGGUCUGCAAUUGUUGCCAUAGCGCCUGUUGGUGGAUGCAAGAGUUUUUUGUUUGGUUUUUCAGAUUUUUUUUUUUUUUUUUUUAUAAAGUACAACCUCACCGCCAUAGUGAUAAUCUGAUGCGCAAACUAGUUUAGGACUAUAGGUGUUUGUAUGUAUUUAUUUUUAGAAAACAUUUUAUAUUAAUCUACUUUGUUUACAGUGCAUUUUAUGGAAAGUGCUUUACAAAUAAAUGGCGAGUUGUUUUUUUUUC